GAGCGGCAUAAGGAGUUUCUCUCCAAACUCGUGACACGGUUGUUGUAUGUUGCAACUACCAACGGUCCGACUUGGAGAAACAGUACCAGGACCUGAUGCAACAGCAUCAGGAGUUGGCAAGGCUCCCCCAUACAGUGCAGAGCCACGAGGAUGCAACUCGGGCACUCAAUGCCCGAUUGCUGGACCUGGAACAGGCUGUACCAGGACCAGCUGCUGGGGCUUCCAGCAGUGCAUCCUCUAGCCGACAACUAGAGGAACGCGUUGACCACGUAGUGGCAAUGCUUGACGACAUCAGCACCUUCGCUGCGCCGACCACCAUCAGCAGUCAGCUGCAUACCUUGAAGACCGAGUUCCAGCAGCUGCAGUCGACGAACGCAGAUGAUAAUCCGAAGAUGUACAAGAUGCCAACUUUCCAACUGGACAAGUUCGACGACUACACGCAGCAGGAUCCGGUCCUCUGGUGGGAAGCAUUCACAACGCAACUCACGAUUUUGGCCGUAGCCAAGCAUGCGUACAUCGGCGCCCUGUUCCUGAACUCAAAGGGCGGAUGCCAGACCUGGUUGAGCCACCUGGCAACCUCCCACGGCGUCGACGUACCGGACUUGAAGGACAAGAUCACAUGGGAGGAACUGACACGGCUAUGGAAGAACCGGUUCAUCGUCGACGACGCGCCGACACUCGCCAUCAACCGUUUGUUCACCAUGUCACAGGGCAACACUGCAACACGGGACUGGCUCACGGAGUGGCAGACGAUUGCGGCAAUGCCCAAUCUGGACUUGCCAUUCAUACAUCUCAAACGUGAGUUCUACAACAGAUCCUGCUCUGCAUUGAGCCAGGCUCUUGGUGAUCGUGAGCAGUACUCAACCUUCGCUGAGAUCAUUGACAAGGCGAGGGAAAUCAUCAAGACCAACAGGUCAGUUGCACACGAGAAGUCAACAUGGCAGCCGACCUAUGUGGAGAAGGUACGAACUGGUCCGCGACAGCAGCACUUCACUGCAGUCCAGUCGGACAGUGGAGAUAACCCAGCAGUCACUCCAGCAUCAAGUGACAGAGCUGUCCAGCUGCGAAGCAACAACAAGUCCCGCAACAAUGGGAAGGCGAAAUCCGCAUCGCAGGCCGGAAAUGGACAGCCAGUACAACUCGGGAAACUGAGCUCCGCGGAAGGUGAGGCGACUCCACCUUCUACUCCGCCAGAUUCGGCCGCCUUGCUAGCGGCCUCCUGCACAUCUGGGGAGGAUGCGAAUGUCGCAAGUUCUCGGUACACUUACGAGGACUAUGCUGUCCACUUGGUUCCACCGCUGGACCAACCGCUCCACGUGCAACAAUCUACCGCAUGCACGGUUUCAUCACCAUCGGCAACCGAUUCGGCAACUUCGCCGCCAUCUAUCGCCGGGGAUUCAUCAUCGUGGUCAAGACGUGAGGUGUUCGACCCACUGACGUUCACGGACUUCCAGUGGAUGCCCGUUCCCCCGACCAGACGAUUGUCGAAACCGCAUUGCAACGUGCUCAUGGCACAAUUGCGGGAUUACUUGCACACUGCAGUACCAGCUCCGUUGAUGGACGCCGGAGCAGAGGUUGUCGACCUUCACGCUCACAUCGCGAAGAUCGACCGCGAGUUCAAGACGCAACGGAAGGCCCAGCCUACGCAAGUCACAUUGGCGGACGGUCACACGCACAAGUCCAUCGACCGGUGCAUUGACGCCGUCCCAGUGUACUUUGCCCCUCACGCAAGUGAGGCGGUGUCCUUUGACAUUCGGGACACCAAAUUCGACAUGAUCUUGGGCAUGUCAUGGCUGCGAAGCGAGGAUCACCCGGUGAACUUCUUCCACCGCACCGUUCACAUUCGUGAUCGGAACGGAGUACUAAUUCCAUGCACGAUGCCUCUUCCUCAUCCUUCGAUCAGCUGCCACGAGGUAUCCGCCGCAAGCAUGCGAGCUUCCAUCAUCAGAGACGACAUCGAGGAGAUGGGGGUGUGUUUUCUCCACGCCCUCCCGCCCCAUGACGCUUCAUCGACGAACUCACCUUCGGAUCCACGCAUCACCGAGCUUCUGGACGCCUACAGCGACGUGUUCGAAGGCCCGCACGGAGUAGUACCGGAUCGACCCAUCCGCCACGAGAUCAUCCUCAAGGACGGGGCCGUACCUCCGCGCGGUUGCAUCUACCGAAUGAGCGAGGAAGAGUUCAGUGUGCUUCGCGCACAACUCGAUGACCUUAUGGAGAAAGGCUGGAUUCGGCCUAGCUCAUCGCCAUACGGAGCUCCUGUUCUCUUCGUCCGGAAGAAGAACAAGGAUUUGUGGUUGUGCAUCGAUUAUCGCAAGCUCAACGCGCAGACAAUCAGAAACACCGGCCCUCUCCCACGCAUCGACGAUCUUCUCGAGCGAUUGGGCGGCGCCAAGUUUUUCUCCAAGUUGGACCUCAAGUCGGGAUAUCACCAACUCGAGAUCCGCAAGGAGGACCGCUACGAGACCGCGUUCAAGACACGGUAUGGGCAUUUCGAAUGGCUGGUCAUGUCGUUUGGCCUUACGAAUGCCCCAACCACUUUCCAAGCGGCUAUGACAACGGAGUUCCGACACAUGCUGGAUCGUUUUGCACUCAUCCACCUCGAAGACAUCUUGGUGUACAGUCGGAGUUUGGAAGAGCAUGUGGAACACCUCCGCACCGAUUUGGAGCGGCUACGACAGGCCAAGUACAAAGCAAACCGCGACAAGUGCGAGUUCGCACAGCAGGAGCUGGAGUACUUGGGCCAUUAUGUGACGCCGCAAGGCAUCCGUCCGCUCGCGGACAAGAUCGAGGCCCUACAAGUAUGGCCCGAUCCCACCAACACCACGGACGUUCGUUCAUUCAUGGGAUUGGCGGGCUACUAUCAGCGAUUCAUCACCGGAUACUCCAGGAUUGCUGCACCUAUGACGAGGUUACAGUCGCCAAAGGUGCCAUUCGUAUUCGAUGACGACGCACGUCGGUCAUUCCAAGCACUUAAGACGGCUAUGCUCAUGGCACCCGUCCUUAGCAUCUAUGACCCCACCUUGCCUACGAGAGUGACUACGGACGCUUCCGGCUUCGGCAUUGGGGCAGUCUUGGAACAGCACGACGGCGACGACUGGCACCCUGUGGAGUAUUUCAGCCACAAAAUUGAAUUGGAGGAACAGCGCCAGGUGGAGGCCGAAGCUGCCCGGCUACAGGCUGCCGCUGAAGCAGCAGCUGAACAAGCACGGCUGCAGGCUGCAACCAAUCGGGAAUCCCAGGAGCGCCGCAAGGAAGCACACAGCUUGCUGCAGCGGCAGGAAACAGCCACCAUCGAACGGCUCAAGUUCUGGCACUUUGAGCCCUCCGAUGAACAUGAGGUCGCGACGGCCGAGGAAGAGCACAAGGAGUUUCUCUCCAAAAUCGUGCAGCGUAAUCAGCAGCAGCUCGAGUUGGAGAACAUUCGACAGGCGGUGCAGAACCACAAGGCUCUGCACGAGGACCCUACACGGGUGCUGAACGCCCGUAUCCAAGACUUGGAGAAACCAAGACCGGAAGCAGGCCAGGCUAGUACCAGCCAGCCUGCAGCGUCAUCCCGCCAGUUCGAGGAACGCCUUGAUCAUGUGGUCACCCUCUUGGGCGACAUCAACAAGUUCGCGGCACCCGUGACCGUCAGUCAGCAACUCACCGCGCUGCAAGCCGAGGUUUGGCAACUGCAACUGCCCAGCGAUGGAAACAGCAAAAGGGAGUACAAGAUGCCGACUUCACGGAUCAAAAAGUUUGAUGAUUAUACUCAUCAAGACCCCGUGAACCCAAACAUCUACACGUGUCAGUCAUUCACAAUGGAGCUUCGGAUACAUCGAGUACCCGAAUAUCUCUACGUGUCGGCACUAUACCUCAAGGCAAAGGGAGGAUGCCAGAUCUGGUUAAACCACAUGGCAACCAUACAUGGCGUCGUGGUCGCCGAUAUGCACACCAAGAUUUCUUGGGAGGUCUUGAUGAAGGAGUGGAAGAAGCGGUUCAUCGUCGAUGAUGUUCCAGCACUCGCCAUCAACCGCAUCUUCGGCAUGUCUCAAGGCAACACACCUACUCAAGACUGGUUAACGGAAUGGCAAAAGAUCGUGGCGACAACCGAUCUUGACUUCUCGUUUCCUCACUUGCGCCUGGAGUACUACAACUGAUCGUGUGCCGCCUUGAGCCAAG